CCUGCAUAGUACUUAUAAACGUGAAAACGUGGGCAGAGUUUGUUUGGGCAGGAGAUCCGGACUCUCUUUCUUGUUGGAUGCUGCAUUUUUUUGGUCUCGCUAUACGUGUGACCAGUGUGGUGUGACCAGUAUGAUUUCAAAACCUGCGAUAUUCAAGACUUGAAGCACGAGAGGCAGAGCCACAGAGAUAACCCCGAAAUGGCUUCCACGACCAAAGACGCCAUGAAAGUUGACCGUUCUGUUAAAUCUGUAGCUGUCGUUGGUGCCGGUGUUAGUGGUCUUGCUGCAGCUUACAAGCUGAAAUCACAUGGUUUAAAUGUCACAUUAUUUGAAGCUGAAGAAAGAGCUGGAGGGAAAAUAAGGAGUGUUUCACAGGAUGGUCUAAUAUGGGACGAAGGGGCUAAUACCAUGACAGAGAGUGAAGUUGAAGUCAGACGACUACUUGAUGGUCUAGGACUUCGAGAGAAACAACAAUUUCCAAUUUCACAGAACAAAAGGUACAUUGUGAAAAAUAGCAUUCCAGAACUUAUUCCUACAAAUCCCGUUUCACUUAUCAAGAGCAAUUUUCUCUCUGCUCAGUCUAAGUUUCAAAUAAUUUUGGAGCCAUUUUUAUGGAGUUCUUCUGCAAAGAAAAACAACUCCUCAAAGGUGUCUGACAAAAAUUUAGAAGAAAGCAGUGUGGGAGAAUUCUUUCAGCGUCAUUUUGGGGAAGAGGUUGUUGAUUAUCUUAUUGACCCUUUUGUUGCGGGGACGAGUGCUGGUGAUCCUGAAUUGUUGUCUAUACGGCAUGCAUUCCCAGAGCUGUGGAAUCUAGAGAGAAAGUUUGGUUCAAUUUUUAUUGGUGCAAUUCGAUCUAAAUUGUCUGGUAAAAAGGAAGCAAAACGUGAAAGUGGAACUUCUUCAGGGCAAAAGAAGCAUCAACGGGGCUCAUUUUCAUUUCAAGGUGGGAUGCAGAGACUCACUGACACACUAUGUGAAGAGCUUGGCAAAGAUAAUCUGAAACUGAAGUCAAAAGUACUAUCUUUGUCUUAUAGCCAUGAUGAAAACUCUGACAAUUGGUCAGUUUCAUUUGCUGCAAAACAUGAUGACCCCUCACAAAAGCAAUAUUUUGAUGCAGUCAUUAUGACGGCUCCACUAUGUAACGUUAAAGAAAUGAAGAUAACAAAAAGAGGAAAACCAUUUGUGCUUGACUUUCUUCCAGAGGUGAAUUAUUUACCACUAUCAGUGAUAAUUACCACCUUUAAGAAGGAGAACAUUAAGAGACCACUUGAGGGUUUUGGAGUUCUUGUUCCUUCCAAAGAACAACAAAAUGGCUUAAGAACCCUUGGUACACUUUUUUCCUCCAUGAUGUUUCCUGACCGUGCUCCUGGUGACCUCUAUCUCUACACUACCUUUAUUGGAGGAAGCCGGAAUAGGGAUUUAGCAAAAGCUUCAUUGGAUGAGUUGAAGCAUACAGUCACUUCUGACCUUAGAAAGCUUUUAGGUGCAGAGGGGGAGCCAACAUUUGUAAAUCACUUCUACUGGAGUAAAGCCUUUCCCAUGUAUGGGCGAGAUUACAGUUCAGUUCUGGAAGCGAUAGAAAAGAUGGAAGAAAAUCUUCCAGGCUUCUUCUAUGCAGGUAACCAUAGGGAUGGAUUGUCUGUUGGCAAAGCAAUAGCUUCUGGAUGCAAAGCUGCUGACCUGCAGCGGCAAAACCGAGCUGGUCCUUAACCAGCAGCGACGAUUGCCCCCUCCACCUCCGGCCCCUUUGUUCUCUCUCCCCUUUGGUGCUGCCUGUCUCACCACACUGAAAUGACCCUAGCCCAUUGCAAUAACCAUCGCUUGUCUCACCGCCAUCUGCACAUACUUCACUGGCAUGUUGGUAUACGACAUGGUGCGGAAGAAUAGCAAUGGUGGCAUCUUCUGAUCGGAUACGAAGACAGUGGUGGAAGUUCAGGGGGUGAGCGCAUCCAUGGAAAGCCACGUCUCAAUGUUGAUCACAAUGCCUCUUGACCCCAUCAAGACGAGACACGAGACUACAGGUUUUGGAAGCAGGAGAGAACAACGAUCUGCAACAACGAAACCCACGGGGAUUUCUAGUAAGGGAGGUUCCAAGCGGAGGAAGAGAGGAAACCAGUGUACCCAGCUCAAUUGAGGCUAAUCUCAAUGACUCGGCUAAUGCUGGCGACUAUGCGAUCACAUCUGAACCCACAAGUAAAACUUAAACCGCUCACAAUUUCUCUA